AUGCCAAGUUCAACUCAACCCAACCAAACCAGUGAUGAUGUCCACUUGGAUGUAAUUGUUGUCGGCGCUGGCCUUGCGGGUCUCGCCGCAGCGAUCUCCAUUUCUCUUUCAGGCCACAAUGUCACUGUCCUAGAGUCCGCAAAAGAACUACUCGAGGUCGGUGCUGGCUUACAAGUCACCCCCAAUUGUACCCGCAUCCUCCAAAAAUGGAACCUCCCCGACAGACUCUGGAAAUCAGCCGCCGAACCUACGUCACUCGUCGUCCAUCGAUAUUCCGGCCGAACGCUUGCUAUAGAGCCCGAUUUCCACAAGCAUAUCCGCAAGAAGUACGGCGCCCCGUUCAUCGACCUCCACCGCGUAGACCUCCAGCUCGCGCUCUACGACAAGGCUAAAGAAUUGGGCGUCAAGUUCAAGCUUGGCGAUAGGGUGAAGGACAUUGACUUUAGCAUUCCCGAGGUCACCACCGAGGCUGGGGCCAAGUACACUGGGGACCUCAUUGUUGCAGCGGACGGACUCUGGUCUAAAUGCCGUUCCAAGUUUCUCGGCAGUGAGGAUAAGCCCAUGCCCACUGGAGAUCUGGCUUACCGCGUUGUACUGGACGCGAAGGAUAUUGACGAUCCUGAGCUGCGGGAGUGGGUCGAACGUCCAACCGUGCACUUCUGGAUCGGUCCAGGCGCUCAUGCUGUUGGAUAUUCCUUGCGUGGCGGGCAGAUGUAUAAUGUUGUUCUUCUUGUUCCGGAUGAUCUCCCAUCGGACGUCAGUCGACAGGCUGGCUCAGUGGAGGAGAUGCGAGAGUUGUUCAACGAUUGGGAUCCAAUUCUGGCAAGAUUUCUCGGUCAGGUUGAUAAGGUCGACAAGUGGAAACUGAUGCACAGGGAGGAGCUCGAUUCAUGGAUCAACGACGAUUCCAAUUUCGUAUUUGUUGGUGAUGCCUGCCAUCCGAUGCUCCCCUAUCUAGCCCAAGGCGCCAACUCCGCGGUGGAAGACGGUGCAGUUCUGGGCCUACUUCUCGGCCAUGUCAAGUCGAAGCACCAAUUACCACAGGCCUUGUCUAUGUAUGAACGGCUACGCAAGUCACGUGGAGAAGCCAUCGUGAGAGAAACCUUCAAACAGCGGGAGUCUUUCCAUAUGCCUGAUGGGCCAGCUCAAGAGGCCCGCGAUCAGACUUUCCUGUCUCAACUUGGCGCUGAGGAACUCAAGGGACCGUUCCCAAGUAGGUGGACUUGUCCGCAGGUUCAGCCUUGGCUUUAUGGUUAUGAUGCAUUCGAUGUUGUUGAAGAUGCAGUGAAGCGUGAACCAUUUACUGAAUAG